AUGGGAGGUGGUAAAGCAAAGAAACAAAAGACGCAUACCACUGCUCAACAACGGUCAGAUGAUAUGAAACCUCGCUCCCCUGAAUCAACCGAACAAACUCGUCUUUCAAAACAAGAAAGGAAAACGCAAAAGAAACUUGACAAGAAAGAAAGAAAACAAGAAGAGCGAUUGAAAAGGGUUAUGCAUGGCCAACAAAACAACUCCACUGAAAAAUGUGGUAAAAACUCGGGGAAAAAAGAGAAAGUCGACCGCUAUGAAAAAGCAGACAAUUUGACUGAAAUUUCACCAACGACUUUGUUAACAACAGAAACACUUAAAAUGAAUUUCAAAAAUUAUUUAACUACUUUAGAUACAUCGGAGUUACUUGCUUAUAUCACUAACAUUCCUCUCCGUCUCACAGAAACUGAACGAAGUUAUUUGGAAGUCAUUGAAAGUGCGUUAGAGGUGAGUGAAUACACUUCACAGAUUGAUGUUGCCAAAAGUGAUUACCAGAGUUACAUGUCUUUUUACAACACACGAGAUGUUAGUGCACGCAGUAAAGUGGAGAAAGUUAAAAUUGCACUCGACGAGUUCAAGCACACCAUUUUUGGUAUUCUUUUCGCAAGUAAUUAUAAACUCGCAACUAAAAUCCUCAAUGACCGCAAUGUCGAAGAAAAAUUCUUCCAAGAGGCCUUUGAAGCCGCUCGCCGGUUUAAAGCGAGUAACCCGGCUUCUAUGCGAACCACCUAUCAAAAGUUGAUGCACAUCCUUCAAGACAUUGUGAUUUAUGACAGAGACUUUAUCGGUCCAGACUUUGUUAUCAGUGGGAAAUAUCUACCGAUAAAAACUGUUGGCAGUGUUUGUUCGCAAAACGACUUGAUUUUGAUAUGCAAAAGUUUGGGGUUAAUGAAAGGAGACAAUCACAUGGAGUUUGACGAGAACACUAAUUCAUCGAAAGUCACAGUCGCUGUUCCAAAUGUGGCAACUGAUUUUUUGGUCAAUUCGAUUAAAGAUGGGCUUUCAGGGAGUGAAGAUAUGUGUGGAAUUGUUCAAGGGAUGUUAGACGAAUUGUCGAAGUAUUCUGGAUACGCACAAGACAAAAGUUUGGAGAUUACACGAGGAAGAGGUGGUGCUGCAUUUUCACAUAACCAUAGCGAGCAAUAUACAUUCGUUAAUCAAAGCAUGACGUUGUGGUGGAACGUUAUGCGCCAUAUCAAUGAGAUGUGGUUGAACUGUGACGCAGACUUUUUGAGUGGUGAAAAAUAUAGUUUAGUAAAUACAGGACAAGGAUUACAACGACUUCAGAGCUGUCCACGAGUCGGAAGAGCAAUGGCUGAAAUUUUAGGAACGACAAAAAGAGAAGUUGGAGGUGGAUGGAGAGGGCUUUCAGUUGUUCAUUUGGGCGAUCGAGAUGUUCCAAAUUCUCUCUUUUAUAUCGAGAAAUAUUCCGAAGUCCCAUGGAUAUUGUCACCAAUAUUACGAACUGUUCGAUGGUUGAAUAAGAUGAAUACUUUAAACAAGGAGAUGAAGGAGUUUCGAAUGCAAAAAAUGUUUGAAAAACAUAAGCCUUUAGACUGGAAGAACGCAAUUCUGCGACAUUUCUUCCAACAUGGGUUUGAUGGAAGUGGCUCUGAUGGCGGAAGUUGUAUAGAUGGAAGACUCACAUCGGCUUGGAAUUGGUGUUCUAUGAUAGAGAAGUACAUUUACUAUCCCAUUUUCUUACUCGCCGAUUUCGAAGGAUUCGAUGGACCUUUCAAAAAGUGA